GGUUUCUCAGCUACCGUCUUCCUAUCUCGGAUUCCCGAAAUCCUGCGUUAUGGCUGCCGCCAAGCCCAGCGCAGCUUCUCUCUCUCUGCUGUUUCACCUCCUGGGCUUUCUGCUUCUCUCCGCCCCGCAGGGAGGCAGCGGCCUGCACACCAAGGGUGUCCUUCCCCUGGAUACUGUCACUUUCUACAAGGUCAUUCCCAAAAGCAAGUUCGUCUUGGUGAAGUUCGACACCCAGUACCCCUACGGUGAGAAGCAGGAUGAGUUCAAGCGUCUAGCUGAAAACUCGGCCUCCAGCGAUGAUCUCUUGGUGGCAGAGGUGGGGAUCUCAGAUUACGGUGACAAGCUGAACAUGGAGCUGAGUGAGAAAUACAAGCUGGACAAAGAGAACUACCCAAUCUUCUACCUCUUCCGGGAUGGCGACUUUGAGAACCCCGUCGUGUAUAGCGGGACAGUCAAGGUUGGAGCCAUCCAGCGCUGGCUAAAGGGGCAGGGGGUCUACCUAGGUAUGCCUGGUUGUCUGCCUGCCUAUGAUGCCCUGGCCGGGGAGUUCAUCAGGGCCUCAAGCACAGAGGCACGCCAGGCCCUGCUGAAGCAGGGGCGGGACAACCUCGCACAUGUGAAGGAGACUCAGAAGAAGUGGGCAGAGCAGUACCUGAAGAUCAUGGGGAAGGUCUUAGACCAAGGUGCAGAUUUCCCAGCGUCAGAGAUAACCCGGAUCACCAAGCUGAUAGAGAAAAACAAGAUGAGCGAUGGGAAGAAGGAGGAACUGCAGAAGAGCUUGAACAUCCUGACUGCCUUCCAGAAGAAGGAGGCAGAGAAGGAGGAGCUGUGAAAGGCACUCUAGGAUUUGGUUGGGGUGGGGGGGAGAAUUACUUGCUUGCUUUGAGACCCUCAGGAGGUGGAUAGAAGGGG